ACAGCCCAGCCAAGCAGAAAACCCUGACCCCGCAGACCAGGCUGCAAUGUCAGAGCAGGCUGGGGGGUGGGUGGCAAAAGGCUGUUUCUCAGCCCUCUGUCUCAGGACCGGCCCUGUGAGACCAGGCCUAGGUGGAAGGUGCGGGCCAGGGUGCCUGCCCUGGCUGCGAUCUGGGCAGUGUUUGUUACGGCAGGGGAGGCUGGCCCCUGAACACACUGGCCUGGCCAGGGGAGGGUCGUCACUUCAGCUGCUCUGGUGGGGCCCGGGGGCUGGGCUAUGAUUCCCCAGAGAGACAGGAGGCAGGCAGCAGUAGAGAGUGUGCCAAACAGAAAAAGAAACAGUGCUGGGCAACCUCUCUGAGUACUGCCCAUGAGGGACCUCAGGAGGGAGUGGGACUGAUUGGGGACAAAAAGACAGAAGGCUUCCCCUGGAGGAGACUCAUCACACUGUAUUGUUAUUGUCUCUGCUCUUGAGGGCAACAUCCAGUCUGCCUCAGUCUCCGUCGUAUCCAGGGCACCGGUGGGCAUUCGUGCGGCAAGAAGGAAAAGGGUCAAGUGCAGUCAGAGGACCGGCUAGAGGCAGUAUCUUUGGCAGGGAGGCGAGUGGAAGGAAGGAGUCCCAAGCCUGGAGCGAGACCUUUGACUUUCUGACGAUGUGGCUCAAGAGCCCCGAGGGGCCUGGCCAGCACCUGCAGGAGGUGGCUCUGGGAGCUGAGCCAGCCUUCAGGUGUGAACCCACUGCCCUCAGGAGGGGAGGGGCGGGGCAGGUGCCCGCUCAGCCCAUUAGCUGGAGCCUGCGUUUAUUGGAAGGAGGAUGCUUUCUUGCUCUCCUACCCUGGUGGAGGAAGGGGCCGAGGGACACUCCUGCUCGGUUAUUUCUUUACAGCCCCUGAGCCAGCCUUCUGCUGUGAAAGCCUGUCCCCACCAAGGCUAGCUUCUUUGGGGCAAGAGGGAAGCCAGCCGUCUGUGGAGCAACAGCCCUGCCCAGGGUGCAGCCUCCAGGAUGAUUCUCAGUAGAGUCCCCCCAGCAGUGGACUGAGCGCCAGGAGGCCAGGUCUGCAUCCUGGGGCUGCCACUGGAGACUUGGGAAACUGGGCACGACAUUCAGUUCCUUCUCUGUAAGAUGGAGAUAAUACCAGAGGUUACUUUUCAAAGCGUGUUCAUCCCUCUCUGACCCUCACAACAAUUCUACGAGGUGAAUAGGACAGCUUCUCCACAUCAAUGAAGACACUGAAGCCGUGCAGCUGCAGGUGCACCUUCAGGAGGCUGCAAAGAGGUCCUGUGUCACUGCCAUGGCCUCCCCACAAGGCCCCAGGCAGCCUGCCUGUCCGCCCCUCCUCACCUGGCCAGCUGGGAGCCUGAGUUCCGGCGGUAGCUGAUGAAGACGUCUGGAGUGUCCCCGCUGGGCUUGCAGCCGGUGCACGGCAGUGGGGAGUGUAGCAUUUCUGAAGCAGACAAGAGACGGCUUGGCGAGGGUGGGCCUUCCCCAUCAUUCACCACGAGGUCGGUCUGGAGUUCCUCAUCCGUGAGCCGCAGAAGCAGGUCUCCAUCCACCUGCUGCUCCUGGAGGAGGGGUCAGAGGUAAGGAAAGUCUCCCAUCCUCAGCAUUUGGACCCCACCCAGCACAAGAUCAAGAGGAGGGACCUGGAGAUGGCGGUGGGGGAGGCGGAUGGGACCCAGAUGAGAACCGAAUGACCCCGAAAAACACUGAGUACAGGCUCCCCACCCCCAGAAGUCCACCCUGGUGCCGCGGGCGUGCUGUGCCGGGAUGGGGCGCGGUCGCCUGUGUGCAGGGCGCCCCUAGCGGCCACGCGGCCCUCGGGGAUGCGCCUGCUCCGACUGCCGGCCGGCGACCCCGUGCGGCUCUACCCGGAAGCUGUCGCAGUACUGGGAGAAGCCGAUCUGCUGCAGCCAUGUCUGGACCUCGGCUUCCUUCCAGCUGGCCACGCUGGGCAGGAUGGGCCGCGGCACCUCCUCGCCCAGCAGGCGCAGCGCGCGCUUCGCCAGCGCCGACGUGGUACCAUUAGUAGAGUAAGAGACGAGGCGUUUCAGGCUCUGGAUGGCACCUAUGUCGCUGAAUACCUGGGGAAGUGCGGAGAGGAUGUCUUGGAUCCACCAAUUCACCAGCCGCCCCCAAACGUGCCUGGUCCCUCCCCUCGCCUCUUCUCACCGCUGAAAGCCCCACCGUCUGCCCUUGCCCUGCCUUCAUCCAAUAAAUCACCAGGUCCUGUGGAUUCCCCCUCCAGAAGCUCCUUCAACUCUUGACCAGACUCUUGAUGGCAGCCUCGGCACAGAGGUAGAAAGCCCCGAUGCACUGCGCCUCCAAGCGCGACGAGUCAAGCAGCGGCACGAGGCGCUGCAGGUCGUCCGGCCCGCGGCCCUGGCUGGUGUCACUGGCGUCCACCAGGCAGCGGGCGAAGCGGCCGGGGUCCAGUGAGGCCACUAGCGGCUCCACGAGGGCCAGCGUGCCCGAGCGCUCCACCUCGCGCUCCACCUCCUUGUUGGUGGACAGCACCGCCACGGCGAGGCAGGCGUGCAGUCGGAGCAGCUCGUCCUCGGAGAAGGCGAGCGGGAAGAGCCACUCGGCGGCGCGCUUCUCCACCAUGCGCCGCUGCGCCGCCUGGCCCCCGUGCAGCGCGCAGUUGGCCAGCGCCAGCGCGCAGUGGCGGAGCAGCGGCGGGUCCGUGCGGCGGCACCAGUACAGCACCGCGUCCAGGCCGCCGGCCGCCACCAGCCGCUGGCACGUCUCCUCCGAGUGCUUGAACAUGUGCUCCAAAAUGCCGGCCACGCUCCGCGCCAGCUCCACCGGCUCCCGCUCCUUUGCCAGGUUCAGGAUCACGCCCAGCCCGAUGCGCGCCACUCGGUCCCUGCCGAAGGAAAGCGGGAGGGAGAAAGUGGCGUUGCCGCAGCCAGGGGUGCUUAUCUUAACCCAGGGCCUCGUUACUUAUGCUUUCUGGGCCUCGCUAGCGUCAUAUAGGACAUGAGUCUGGUCCUCCCUGCCUCCUCCACCUCCCUCAUCUCCUGCCCUGGGACAACUUCUCUGAUUAUAAGGGUGCUCCAUCCUGGCCACACCCAUUUCUUCCCAGACACCCUUCCCUGAAGAAGCAGCAUGUGUGGUGGUUAAGAAUUCUAGCUCUAGAGCAGACCUCCUGGGUCCUGGUUUCUUCUCUACCAUUUUCUAGCUGUGGGACCUUGGGUACCUUCCUUUAUCUUUAUUGGUUUCCUCAUCUCAUAAAUAGGAUAAAGUGAAUACCCACCCCAUAGAGUUAUUACGAGAACUAAUGUAAAAAUGCAUGUAAAGUGCUUGGCACAGUUCCUGGCACAUAGGAAAGACUCAAUAAAUGUUCAUUUCAUCAAAAUUCUCUUCACUCCAUGCUGUGUGACUGGGGUGUAUUUAUUCAUUCAUUCAAAAGACCAUUUAUUGAGGACUUACUGUGUGCCAGGCACUGCAAUAGGGGCUGAAGUUAAACAGUGACUAAGAGAAACUGGAGCUAAUAACAGCUAAUAUGGAGACAAACAGUAAGCAAGUAAACGGUGAAUGAACAGAAUAAUAGUUAUCUGACCAAAAUGAUAGCAAAACCAGGUGCUGUAAUGGAGAGUGCCUGAGUGGAGGGAUAUGUCUGAGGAAGUGACAUCUGCGAGUUAAAUGUCCAGAGACCCCUGCUUGCAAGUAUCUGGAAGAAGAGCAUAAUAGGCAGAGAGAACAUCAAGGACAAAAGCCCCGAGGGCUGAUGAGCUUGGCACGUUCCAGGAAGAGAAAGAAAGCCAGAGAUGUUUGCAAUGUCUAAAACAAACAAGGAAAAAUAUAAAAUAAACGAGGGAUUCAUAUAUAGAAUAUAUAAAUACAUAUUCAAAUCAACAAGCAAAAGGCAGUAAAUCCAACAGAAAAGGGGUGAAGGACACAAAUGGGCAAUUUACAAAAGGAAAUUCAAAAUGUUAACAAGCAAAUAGAGAUACUCUAAUUCAUUAGUAAUCAGAGAAAUAAAAAUUAAACCAGCUAUCACUUUACACCCAUUAAAUGGGCAAAAAGCAGAAGCUACUUCAAGUGGUUGAGGUGGAAGUUUCAAGGGAAGAGGAAAGAGUUCUGGGGGCCUUUUGAGCCAUCUCAAAGCAUUUGGACUUCAUCUUGAUGGCAAAUGGGGAGUCACUGAAGGGCUUCAGGAAGGGGAGUGACCUGGUAACACAUGGGUUUUAGGAAACUCGCUCUGGCUGCUGUGGGGAGGACAGGUCAAAGGGAGAGAGCUUGAAGGCCAAGAGAGCAGACAGGAGAGUUGCCACACUCCAGGCAGAGGUGAAAGUGUCCUGUCUUCCUGGCCUCCACCAAUGAUGUCCCUCAAAGACUUACAGGCCCAGCCAGCCAUGGAGUCCUUGCCCAGUGAGCACCACAGUGACCACAGUGCUUGUGACUUUGUGUCCACUGCAGGGCCCAGCUGAGCCCAGAACAUGGCCUGAGGCCAGGACAGCUUUGCUGAGCUGAUCACGGAACUUCUCUGCAGCCCAAAGGAACAGAUGGGUUCUAAUCAUCCACUCGGGCAGACGGCACUGCAGUUGUUCCUUUAACCAAGGAGAAAGCCAAAGCUCAGAGAGGUUACAUGGCAUGCCCAGGUUACACAGCUGGUGAGAGGCAUAGCUGGGAUUUGAACUCACAUCUGUCUGUCUCCAGGGCUCAAGAUCCUUCGUCUGCAUUUUGUGCUUCAAGAACAAUCUGACUAUAUAUACUCCAAGAAUAUCAGAACCAGGAAGUGCUUAAGAAAUCAUCUAAUCCAACAACACCCACCCCCUGAGGCUCAAUGAAGGGAAGGGCAUGUUCAGAAACAUCAAUUCAGAAAGAGGACUUUAUUCACAUUUCUUUUCUUUUUUUUUGGCUGCGAGACUUGCAGGAUCUCAGUUCCCUGACCAGGGAUUGAACCCAGGCCAUGGCGGUGAAAGCCCGGAAUCCUAACCACUAGGCCACCAGGGAACUCCCAAUUGUGCAUUUCUUGAACUCCAGCCCUCACCUUUCCCUAUGCACUUGGCACCUUUAUAGAGUUGAACUCUGUGCUUGUUGUGAGAUUUAUUCACUCAAUUCCCAAUUCUUCUACAGUCUGAGAGGCUGUGGGUCUGGGUUCAAAUCACAGCUCCGAAAGAGGGGUAAAUUGUCCGUAUAUACACAUAUAUAAGCCUGUAUAUAUAAUAUACACAUAUAUGCAAGUGCUUGUAUAUGCAGAGACUCUCUGGAACGACGUACAAGAAACUUGUUUCACCGGUUUGCCUCCAGUGAAGAACAGAAAGAAGAACGUUUAAAACAGAAAAAAAUCAUCGGAAUCUCUGAGGAUCACUCCCUCCAGGUGCUGGGAGGACUUCCAGAGGCAUCAGAGCAGAGACCGCAGAGAACCUACUUCACCAGGCUCGAGGCUGGAGGCCCUGCCAUGGCAUCCCCAAGGCCCCUUCUGAUGCUGGCCCUGCUGGCGUGGGUUGUUCUGGCUGACCAAGAGUCGUGCAAGGGCCGCUGCACUGAGGGCUUCAACGCCGACAGGAAGUGUCAGUGUGACGAGCUCUGCUCUUACUACCAGAGCUGCUGCUCCGACUACGUGGUCGAGUGCAAGCCCCAAGUGACUCGUGGGGAUGUAUUCACUCUGCCAGAAGACGAGUACAGCUUCCAUGACUACCGCGAGGAGACCAGAUCCAAUACCAGCGUCCAGGCACAGCCAGAGGGCUCCACCCAGACCUUUGUCCAGUGGGCCCAGCCUGGAGAGACUCCUGGGCAGGCACCUGUUCUGAACCCUGAGGAAGAAACCCCAGGACCUGGGUGGGGGAACUCAGAGCCUGAGGUGGGGCCCCUCAGUCCCGAGACUGGUAAUCUAGGGAUCUCCGAGUCCCCAGCAGAGGAAGAGCAGUGCAGUGGGAAGCCCUUUGAUGCCUUCACCGACCUCAAGAAUGGUUCCCUCUUUGCCUUCCGAGGGCUCUACUGCUAUGAGCUGGAUGAAAAGGCAGUGAGGCCUGGGUACCCCAAGCUCAUCCGCGAUGUCUGGGGCAUCGAGGGUCCCAUUGAUGCUGCCUUCACCCGCAUCAACUGUCAGGGGAAGACCUACCUCUUCAAGGGUAGUCAGUACUGGCGCUUUGAGGAUGGUGUCCCGGACCCCGAUUUCCCCCGCAACAUCUCUGAAGGCUUCAAGGGCAUUCCGGACAACGUGGACGCAGCCUUGGCCCUCCCCGCUCAUAGCUACAGUGGCCGGGAGCGGGUCUACUUCUUCAAGGGGAAACAGUACUGGGAGUACGAGUUCCAGCAGCAGCCCAGUCAAGAGGAGUGCGAAGGCAGCUCCCAGUCGGCCGUGUUUGAACACUUUGCCCUGAUGCAGCGGGACAGCUGGGAGGACAUCUUCAGACUUCUCUUCUGGGGCAGUUCCUCUGGUGGUGCUGGAAAGCCCAGGUUCAUCAGCCAGGACUGGCUUGGUUUGCCCGGACAAGUGGAUGCGGCCAUGGCUGGCCACAUCUACAUCUCAGGCUCAGCUCCCCGCCCCUCUCGGACCAAGAUGACCAAGUCUAUGCGUCGCAAUCGUAAACGCUACCGCUCACGCCGUGGCCGUGGCCGCGGCCGCGGCCGCAGCCGCAGCCAGAACCCCUACCGGCAAUCUCGUUCCACCUGGCUGUCCUGGUUCUCCAGUGAGGAGAUAGGCCUGGGAGACUAUAACUAUGACAACUACAAGAUGGACUGGCUUGUGCCUGCCAACUGUGAGCCCAUCCAGAGCGUCUACUUCUUCUCAGGAGACAAGUACUACCGAGUGAACCUUCGCACGCGGCGAGUGGAUGCUGUGAUCCCUCCCUACCCACGCUCCAUCGCCCAGUACUGGCUGGGCUGCCCAGUCCCUGCCCACGAGUAGGAGUCGGAGUCCAAACAGCUGGGCCUCUGCUGCUCCCUCCUCCAGCGUCCUCCUCCCAGCUCAAUAAAGAUCC